CCCUGCACAAAGAAGUAAGGCAGAGGCUUUCUGAGAGCAGAAUGAGAAGAUGGCAAGCCCGCCAUACUUACCAGGUCCAGACAACCUCCGCCUUUUUACCCGCGAAUCUCUUGCUGCAAUAGAACAGCGGAUUGCUGAGGAGGAAGCGCUCAAGUUAAAGCGGCAGCAUGUGGAAGUGCUGGACGAAGAAGAACGAAAGGCCCGUAGUGAUCUAGAAGCUGGAAAGAGCCUCCCACUUAUUUAUGGGGACCCACCUCCAGAACUCAUUGGGGUGCCUCUAGAAGACCUAGACCCUUUCUACAGAGAUCAAAAGACAUUCAUAGUCCUAAACAAAGGGAAAUCAAUCUUCCGAUUCUCAGCAACCCCUGCUGUCUACUUACUGGGACCCUUCAACCCCAUCAGAAGAGGUGCCAUCAAAGUGCUUAUACAUUCAUUAUUCAGUAUGUUCAUCAUGAUCACCAUUUUAACCAACUGUGUGUUUAUGACGAUGAGCGACCCCCCGCCGUGGUCCAAGAAUGUGGAAUACACCUUCACUGGAAUAUAUACCUUUGAGUCCAUGAUAAAGAUCCUAGCAAGAGGGUUUUGCAUUGACAGUUUUACAUUCCUGCGAGAUCCGUGGAACUGGCUGGAUUUCAGUGUCAUUGUUAUGGCUUAUACCACAGAGUUUGUGGAUUUGGGAAAUAUCUCUGCUUUAAGAACGUUCCGUGUCCUCCGUGCACUGAAAACGAUUACAGUAAUUCCAGGACUGAAGACCAUUGUUGGAGCCUUGAUACAGUCUGUGAAGAAGCUCUCCGAUGUCAUGAUACUCACAGUCUUCUGUCUCAGCGUGUUUGCACUUAUUGGUCUUCAGUUGUUCAUGGGCAACCUUCGGCACAAAUGUGUCAGGUGGCCACCCCCUUUCAAUGAGACUAUUCCAGAGAACAUCUUUGGAAUGGACAAUGACACCUUUGUGAAUGCAACACUCUAUGGCAACCUGACUGGAUCUGGUAACAAUACCUUCGAUUAUGAUGCUUAUAUGAACAAUGAAGGGAAUUUCUACUUCCUGGAGGGAGCGCUUGAUGCCCUGCUCUGUGGGAAUAGCAGCGAUGCUGGGAAGUGCCCUGAAGGCUAUGAAUGUAUGAAAGCGGGAAGGAACCCAAACUAUGGCUACACUAGUUAUGACACAUUUAGCUGGGCUUUCCUUGCUCUCUUCCGCCUCAUGACUCAGGAUUACUGGGAGAACCUCUUCCAGCUGACUCUACGUGCAGCUGGGAAAACUUACAUGAUCUUCUUUGUUCUGAUUAUAUUCCUUGGUUCCUUCUACCUCAUCAACCUGAUCCUGGCUGUGGUAGCCAUGGCAUAUGCAGAGCAAAAUGAUGCUACUGCACUGGAAAUACAGCAGAAGGAGGAGGAGUAUCAGAAGCUUCUGGAACAGCUGAAAAAGCACCAGGAGGAACAAGCAAAAAUGUUAAAAGACCGUAAGUUAAGUGCUUGCUCUGCGACUCAGAAAAAGAAGGGCGACUCGGACCAAGAUGCAGACAGCGACCAAGACAAAUUGAAAGACUGCAAUGGCAGAGUCGUCCCCAAGGUUGUGCUGGAGCGAUCUGCUACAGUAAGGGAACGCAAUCCCAGCGAUGACCAAGAUAAAGUGGAUUAUAACCACCUGGCAGUGGGCCCACAAGAUGGUCCCAGCCUUCAGAAGAGAGCAGAGAGUGUUACCAGUAUUAUCUCUAGCACCAUGGAAGAGUUAGAGGAAGCUCACAGGAAGUGCCCACCCUGGUGGUAUAAAUUUGCCAAAACGUUCCUUGUCUGGGACUGCUGUCUUCCGUGGCUGAAACUGAAGGCGUUUGUUAAGCUGAUAGUGCUGGACCCUUUUGUCGACCUGGGGAUCACCAUCUGCAUAGUGCUCAACACACUGUUCAUGGCCAUGGAACACUAUCCAAUGACUGAAGAGUUUGAGAAUGUGCUGACUGUGGGGAACCUGGUCUUUACUGGGAUCUUCACUGCUGAGAUGGUUUUAAAGCUCAUAGCUUUGGACCCAUAUGACUACUUCCAGCAGGGUUGGAACAUAUUUGACAGUAUCAUCGUCACCCUGAGCUUGGUGGAGCUGGGCCUGGCUAAUGUGCAGGGGCUCUCUGUGCUCCGAUCUUUCCGUCUGCUCAGAGUUUUCAAGCUUGCCAAGUCCUGGCCAACCCUCAACAUGCUCAUAAAGAUCAUAGGCAACUCCGUGGGCGCUCUCGGGAACCUCACCCUUGUGCUGGCCAUCAUUGUCUUCAUCUUUGCUGUUGUGGGCAUGCAGCUGUUUGGGAAGAGCUACAAGGAAUGUGUGUGCAAGAUCUCUGCUGACUGCACACUGCCCCGCUGGCACAUGCAUGACUUCUUCCAUGCCUUCCUCAUUGUCUUCCGCAUCCUGUGCGGAGAGUGGAUUGAGACCAUGUGGGACUGCAUGGAGGUGGCAGGCCAAGCCAUGUGCCUCCUCGUCUUCAUGUUGGUGAUGGUCAUUGGGAACCUCGUGGUCCUGAACCUGUUCUUAGCUUUGCUGCUGAGUUCCUUCAGUGCUGAUAGCCUUGCAGCUUCUGAUGAUGAUGGAGAGAUGAACAAUUUGCAGAUUGCUAUUGGCAGGAUCACUAGGGGGAUUGACUUUGUAAAGAAAACUGUCCUAAUGCUACUUCACAGGCAGUGGAAGGAGAAGAAAGACCCGGAUGAGGAGCAAGAGGAGAGUAAGACAGACAACUAUGUCCUAAACCAUAUGGACUCUGGCCAGGAUUCCAAGUCGGAUUUUAUGGAUGGAGUAGCUGGGAAAGAGCAUAUCUCUGUAGAUCAUGUGGAUCACAUGAAUUUCAUUAAUAACCCCAAUCUGACUGUCCAAGUGCCAAUUGCCUCAGAGGAAUCUGACCUCUACGAUGAAACAAGCACCCAGUCUGACACAGAAGACACCAAGAAGCCGCUGUCCCACGGGAGCACAUCAUCCAUGGGUAGCACCGUAGAUUACAAGCCACCAGUAGCUGAGGUGGAGGAGGUUGUGGAGGAGGCUACGGAGGGCACCGAGCCUGAAAACUGCUUCACUGAGGCUUGUGUGCAGAGGUUUCCCUUCCUUUAUGUUGACAUUACAACUGACAAAGGGAAAAUAUGGUGGAACCUUCGGAAAACCUGCUUCAAGAUCGUUGAACACAACUGGUUUGAGACCUUCAUCAUCUUUAUGAUCCUCCUCAGCAGCGGAGCCCUGGCUUUUGAAGACAUCUAUAUCGAGCAGCGUAAGGUCAUACGUACCAUCCUGGAAUAUGCCGACAAGAUCUUCUCCUAUGUCUUCGUCAUUGAGAUGCUGCUCAAGUGGGUGGCCUAUGGCUUCAAAGUAUAUUUCACCAAUGCCUGGUGCUGGCUGGAUUUUCUCAUUGUCGAUGUUUCCAUUAUCAGCUUGACAGCAAACUGGUUGGGAUACUCAGAACUGGGAGCCAUCAAGUCACUGAGGACUCUGAGAGCUUUGAGACCUUUGCGAGCUCUGUCCAGAUUUGAAGGCAUGAGGGUAGUAGUAAAUGCCCUGCUGGGAGCCAUCCCCUCCAUUAUGAAUGUCUUGCUGGUCUGUCUGAUCUUCUGGCUGAUAUUCAGCAUCAUGGGUGUGAACCUGUUUGCGGGGAAAUACUACCGGUGCAUCAACACCACCACAGACGAGCUCUUUGAAAUCGAAGUGGUGAAUAAUAAAAGCGACUGCUUGGCCCUCCUUGAUACCAGCCAGGUCCGAUGGGUGAAUGUCAAGGUCAACUUUGACAAUGUUGGGUUAGGCUACCUCUCUCUGCUGCAGGUGGCCACCUUUAAAGGCUGGAUGGACAUCAUGUAUGCAGCGGUGGACUCCCGUGAGAUUGAAGAGCAGCCACUGUAUGAGACCAACCUCUACAUGUACAUCUACUUCGUCAUCUUCAUCAUCUUUGGUGCCUUUUUCACUCUCAACCUCUUCAUUGGGGUCAUCAUUGAUAACUUUAAUCAGCAAAAGAAAAAGUUUGGAGGAAAGGACAUCUUCAUGACAGAAGAGCAGAAGAAAUACUAUAAUGCCAUGAAAAAGCUGGGAUCAAAGAAACCCCAGAAGCCAAUCCCCAGGCCCCAGAACCAAAUUCAAGGCGUGGUGUAUGACUUUGUAACAAAGCAAGUGUUUGACAUAACUAUCAUGGUCCUGAUUUGUCUUAACAUGGUGACCAUGAUGGUUGAAACAGAUGACCAAAGUGAAGCCAAAAUUGAAAUUCUCCAGACUGUCAACCUGAUUUUCAUCAUCAUCUUCACUGGCGAGUGUGUGCUCAAAAUGUUUGCCCUGCGCUACUAUUACUUCACCAUUGGUUGGAAUAUCUUUGACUUUGUGGUGGUCAUUCUCUCCAUUGUAGGUCUCGUCCUUUCAGACGUCAUUUCGAAAUAUUUUGUGUCACCCACCCUCUUUAGGGUGAUUCGGCUGGCCAGGAUUGGGCGUGUUCUUCGUCUAAUCAGAGGAGCAAAAGGCAUCCGGACUCUGCUCUUUGCCCUCAUGAUGUCCCUACCAGCUUUGUUCAACAUUGGACUCCUGCUCUUCCUGGUGAUGUUUAUCUACUCUAUCUUCGGGAUGUCCAACUUUGCCUAUGUGAAGAAGGAGUCUGGGAUUGAUGACAUCUUCAACUUUGAAACUUUUGGUAAUAGCAUCAUUUGUUUGUUCCAAAUCACUACAUCAGCAGGAUGGGAUGGCCUCCUCAACCCUAUCCUGAACAGCGGCCCUCCAGACUGCGACCCCCAUUUGGAGAACCCUGGCAGUUCAGUGAAAGGAAACUGUGGGAAUCCAUCUAUGGGCAUCUGCUUUUUCUGUAGCUAUAUCAUCAUUUCCUUCCUGAUUGUUGUGAACAUGUAUAUUGCCAUCAUUCUUGAGAACUUCAACGUUGCUACAGAGGAGAGCAGCGAACCCCUUUGUGAAGAUGACUUUGAGAUGUUUUAUGAAACAUGGGAGAAAUUUGAUCCGGAUGCCACCCAGUUUAUCACGUACAGCACCUUAUCUGACUUUGUUGACACCUUACAAGAGCCACUUAAAAUUGCCAAGCCAAACAAGAUUAAAUUGGUCACCAUGGAUUUACCAAUGGUCCCCGGGGACAAAAUCCACUGUUUGGACAUUCUGUUUGCUCUGACAAAAGAAGUCUUGGGUGACUCAGGAGAAAUGGAUGCUUUGAAAGAAACAAUGGAGGAGAAAUUUAUGGCUGCAAAUCCAUCCAAGGUUUCCUAUGAACCCAUCACUACAACUUUGAAAAGAAAACAUGAAGAAGUAUGUGCCAUAAAAAUCCAAAGAGCUUUCCGCAGGUACCUUUUAAAGCGGUCCGUGAAACAAGCCUCUUACCUCUACAGGCAUAGUAAAGAGGAGGACACCCUAAUGGAAGAAGCACCAGAGAAAGAAGGACUGAUCGCAAGCAAAAUGAACUGGAAUUAUGGGACAGGAGAAGUAGAAACAGCCCCAACCCUGUCUCUUAAACCAGUUCUAAGUUCAGAGACUCCGGGUGCUCCCAGUGAAGCAAAAAAAUUGGAUGAGAAACGUAAUGUGAAAGAAUCAUUUGUAUAAUAGAAGUUAUUUUUCAUCUUACUUUCAUUGCCCAGCCUGAAAAGACUCCAUUUGUAUCUCUUCACGCAAAGAACACUUUCAUAUCCAUGUCUGUAGAUUAUAGACAUUUGAGCUAAUGAUGUAUGUUACCACAUUUCAGAUAUUUAAAGGAUACAUCUUAACUUUUUUAAUUGAAUCUCUUAUUGGGGAUAGUUUUUAUAAUUCACCACAACUGUGCAACAAGUUUAGUAUUUUUCUUAUGAGUUAAAUGUGAAAUCUGUUGCUGGUGAAAGUGAAACAUUAAAAUUUUUUAAAUGAUCUAACCUUCAUAAUGGUGGCCCAAAUGCAAUUCCCCUUCAGGCUGUUAAGUGGCACGUAAGUGCCUAAAGAUAGACAUACAUGUUGCCUUAAGUGCUGCUUACCUUGAUUUUAGCUCUUGCUUCUACAUGCACUAGAUUUGUCCUUCUGUAAGCCCCCAAAACAUUAAUUACCAAAAAACCAUUACUAGCCGUCAUUUCCAGAAGAUGACCAUCUUGUCUCUUUUAGCCCAAUAGCCUAAUGGUUACAAUACUUGCUCAGGAAAUAGGAAACUUGGGUUCUAUGCCCUCCAUGACCACAUUCCCACAUGCAGGGGUGUGCACUUGCAGCAGCACAAAAAGUAGCGGCACAAAUUUGUGCCGCUACUUUUUGCCACUGCUCACGCUCCUGCACAUGUGCUGCAGUGCAGGCCAACAUGCUCCCACUUCAGGCAAACUGCCUGCUCCAUGCUUUUCUGGGCUUGUUGGAAGAGCCAGGGCAGACCUAGAAGACCCAGCCUCCAGUUGCUCCACUGCACACUCCUGGAGAAUGCAUCAUGCCAAUUUUUUUUGCUGCAGGUUUUUUGAUACCGGGAAUUCCCAGGAUCAAAUUUUGGCACUACACUACAAAUUUGUAGUGCAGUGCAUGGUUGCACAUGCACCACACGUGGUGUGUGGCACCUCAGACAGGUGUGAGGACCACAAACCACAGGUGCACGCUCAUCUGGAUACGCUCCAUUUUGGGGUCACCACGUACGCUGCCCUGUUUUCUUUUGGUGUGGGUUUUUUUGACCCCAGGAUCUCCUGGGUCAACACCCCCCACAAAUACUGCAAGGUAGCAGCACAGGGAAUGCCUGACUGUGCGGUAUGUGGUGCCGUAGAUAGAUCUGCAGCACCACAUACUGCACAGCCGCAUUCGUCUGGAUGUAGCCAGUGAGUCCAUUCAGAGCAUGCUUAGUAAGCUAGUUUUGCAUGUGGGAAUUGGAUCUAAAAUCUGUGAGUAUCUAACUUUAGGCUGUUACAUGCUACUUAACCACCUAAAGGGGGAGCUGAAUUUGGGCCUAUAGGUUGCAGAUAUUUAACUAUUGUUUAUGGCUCUCCUUUUAAAAAAACACAUUAUUUCUUAAUAUUGUUUCACAGUCAAGACAUUUUUGUCUAUUAUUUUCUAUGGAAUGCACUCAGUUAGCUAGUGAAAGAUGAGCCAAGUGAAAUAGUAUUAAAAAUAAUUGCGGAAGUGGCAAGGUUUUGUGAACAAAAAUCUCCAAUGUCUUAAAGGUAGCACCUUUCUUCUGAACAUUUGAAUAGGCGAUAAUGACUUUUUGUUAUAUAUGGUAAAAGUGCAAUUAUGUCUUAAAGAUUUGUUUGCAUAGUAUAAGAGAAAUCUGCAGAUAUAUUCUCAGGGUUAAAUACUAGUUUUUAAAGUUUUCUGAAUAUUUAUCAAAAUUGUAAAACAUUCAGCUCCCUACAGCUGGAAUGUAAACUACAUUUAUAUUCAGGCUUCUUUCUGUUUUCCCAUUUAAAUGAGGAAAUAGAUUAUAUGGAAGGAAAAUAAUGGGGGGAAAUGGUAUGGUAUAUGGUGAAUAUUUCCCAAGAAGUCUGAUUUGAUUUGUCUCUAUAGAAACACCUGAAAUGUAUUUUUAAAAGACCUUGACACCUGGAAAUCUUUGGUGCAGGGGAUCGUUGUUCCCUGCAGCUAUAAGGGUGUACCUGUAUAUUAUCAGAUCCAGUGAUCAAAACAUGUUGCUGCCCUGGGAUACAUAUAAUGAACUGAUCGAACAGGUACCUUUGGUGGUGGAGAGGAGGGAUACCCACUAUCUACCACAGAAAGCCCUCAUAUUUUCUUAUCCAAGCAGUUCAUGACACCCACCUUGAAUGAACAGAACCCACCGGGAGAGUCCAUGGCAGCACAAAAGAUAUGUGCAAAACCUUAGCUAAUAAAGCAAAGGCUGUGUUUGGAAAUGCUGCUUCCAUUUCAAAUGCAUGUGGCGAAGUCCACCUCCCACAUAAACAGCUUCUUCCUGAGGUUGGGAGACUUUUACAGCACUUCCCUUCAAGGAUUACUUUCUGCUGUGGAAACAGCUGUGGUACAGUUUUAAAACAGGACUUCCUAAAAGAUAUUUUUUUAAUUUAGUCCUUUGUCUUAUCCUAUACAUUGACUUGCUUCAGCAGUGCUGUCUGGCAUCAGGUUGUGUCUUGUGUUAUUGGGUGCACUGUCUAGUCUGGUUCUAGUCUGUGCACCUAUUUUGUUUGCUCUGCUUGUUUUUCAGUUUGUUUUUGAGAUGUGAACCAUCCAGCAUGACAGGGGGACAUUUUGAGCAGAAACAAUGGUUUUCCCAAAGGCCCUGGGGCUUAGCCAGGUCUAUGGCAGUUGGGACUUUGUUUAAAUCUAUCACAGAGAUUAAUUUUUCCAGCUCCUGUAAAAAUGGAUCUUGAAAGACAGCACUGGUAGUAUCCGCUUUUGCAGCUCCAGCUAGAGGAGAUCCAGUUCAGGUAAAAUUCUUGUUAACUCCAUUGAAGUCAAUGUGCAUGGACAUUUCCAAACAUAUCAUAGCAUGGAAAUUGUUUUUCAUAUGUGCCUUCAUUUUCUGUGUGUAGAGUGGGCACCUUUGUGCAAUCACCUGAUUUAUUCAUCCAGAUAAAACACUUCUCAGUGGGUGCAUCUACAUGAGCAAUUAGCUUGAAGCAAUAAACUGUGGUGCACUUCACACCAGAGAAAACAGUUCCUGGGCCCAGCAUUUACACAUGCACCUGGGACCGCAGCAGUUAGAGCUGGGGUGCAGCAUUCUUGGGCUAGCUGCAGGCUCAGGGGUUCAGCCGCAGGCUCCGGGUGGUGGCAGAGGGCAACAGAGGGGCUGGCUGGGGCCUGAAGGUCAGCCUCCUGCCCUGCAGGCUCCCUCCCCCUGGCUAGCUGGGCUGAAUGGGCUGACCAGGUACAAUUUGCACCCGGCAGUCACCAUCUACACAUGCGUUUAAUCACAUGUUUACUCCGCCGUAGGAUAGUACUUGUCCCCAACAGAGAAGUAAAUUAGUUUACUGCAGCCUAAUACGGUGAAGUAAAUUAGUUUACUGCAGCCUAAUACUGCUGCAUGUGUAGACAGUGAUGAUUUACUGUGGAGCAAAUUAGUCUACUCCUCAAUAAAGCACACAUGUAGAUGCACUCGGUAUGCACUUAACACAGCACCAGGAGUAACCCCAUUGGCUGCAUCCAGAUAAGCAUGGACAUUUGAUUCCCCAGGGGCAGCUAGCGGUGGCAUACCUUGCACCACUGCUAGUUGUCCCUGGGGAACAUCCGUACCACAUGCACUCUGGCACAUGGCAGGUUAUCCCAGGUGGGAUAGGGGAGGCUGGGGCAGCACUGGGCUGGCCCCAGCAGACUUAUCUGGGGUCCUGGGGGCCUCCCAGGGCUGCAGCAGUGGCAAUCCUGUUGCUUGGAGCCUGGCUUGCAGCUGCAGUGCAGCACUGGCUGGCCAGGCUCUGGUUUUGAGUGGCACAUGCUGCCCCCAUAUGUGCCGCUCUGCUUCUUUCUUCUUUCUUUUUUUUUUUUUUUUUGUGCAGGUUUUUUUGACCCCUGGAUAGCCAGGGGUCCCCCCACCCCCACCCCCCGCACUGUUCCCUUGCAGCACAGAGAACAGCUGAAUGUGCGGUAUGUGGCACUGUAGACGUGUCUUGAAGUUAAGGGCCUCUAAGUGUUUUGCUGGGGUAGGACAUUAUGCUCAAUCUUGUCCUUAUUGAAGCCACUGAAAAGCUUCUCAGCAAGAUAGAUUAGCCAGCACUCUACUCUGUGCUGCUAUUGCUAGUCAGUUCUCACUACCCCAGCUAGCUAUUUUUAAGCUAGAUCAGGUAUUUCUGCAGUUAACAGGCUGAGGAAACCCAGCAAAAUUAGGUGGGGAGGGAGCGGGAGAUGGGACAGGGACUCGUCCAGAUCCACAAAGUACGUAGGAGCUGUGCUUCACAGAAGUUCCUUGUAUAGUAGCAGAGAGGCUGGACUAAUGGGUUUGGUCAGAGGAAGGUAGGGACAUAGCCAGGGGAUUUAUUAAGGAAAAAGCCUUGCACAGAGUCCCCCAGCACAGUGCGGGUAGAAGUGGGUGACAUAUUUCAGCCAAAACAUUUUUAGAGAGUGGGGGAAAGGGCCAAUUUGGAGACACCAAAAUGUUUUGCAAUUUUUUUUUGGUGUCAUCAGCUUUUUUGUGUCAAGGAAAGCUAAAAGGCUAGAGUUGUCUUUAAUUCAAAACAACUUUUUGUUUUCAAUUUCCUUCAACUUAAUUUUAGAGACAGUUAAAUAGUGCUUAGAAAUCUAAGUGAAGCAUUUCAUUGGAGCUCACAUGAUUUCAAUUACUUGGGGGGGGCGUUGUUUUUUUACUUUUUUGACCUUUGAAUAUUUUGAAAUAUAUAUAUAAUUGUAAAGAUAUUUAUUCUUCAGACCCACCAGUAAAUGGAAAGAUCAGUUAUUCCCAUCAUUCUUAAGGGGAUGCAGCUGCUGCAGAGUCAAUUCCAAUAGCCAUAACACCCACCAAGCAAUUCUGCCAGUGAGUCCUGGCAUACGAUUUUAUUACUGUCACUCUUGUGCAAGAUUUUUAGACCUGGUCUCUCUUGGCAUUGAAGGAGAAAAUUGUCCCUCAAUGAUUUCUAUGCUGUUGAGAAUUGUUCUUCAUUCCAGUUGUGUCUUUUUGCUUGUUUUUUUUUUUUUUUCUGGGCAUUGUGACUGUAAUUCAUGAAAUUAGGUGAAGAACUGCAGCAACCUGCAAAGAGAAAUCCCAACCUCAUGAAAGUCAAUGGGAAUUUGGCUCAGGACUGAGCCAGGGCUGGGAUUUCAUGUGCAGAGCACAGAAAGGAGCCUAGGAGCAAUCUCUUAUUGUCUAAUGGCUAGAGAGGCUGUUGAUGAACGAACAAUUCUCAUUGUUUCAGAUUUAUCCCUUCUACUGGGAUAUUCUCCCCAUUAACCAAAAUCCAACACAAAAAUGAGCAAUUUCUUGUAGUCCAAGUUCCCAUAAGUACUUUCUCUGAGCAAAAAUCGGAGUGGUUCAAACCAAUUACAGGCAGUUAGGGUUAGUAUUGUCAUGGAGGCUGCAAUAUUUGCAAUGCUUCUCUGUUUCAGCAUCUCUUCAUACAAACGACUGAGCCAGUUACUGCUCAUCCAUAACUCAGCAGUGAGCUUUCAUUUCAAUGUGUUUUGGGGGCUGCUCCCUGGAGCAGAAGCUGGAGAUAUUUGCUACUUGACACAGUAGUCUGAAUUGUGUUUACAUGUGAACACCCAUGAAACACACAUCAUUAGUUUCUGAGCCUGGAAACCAGUUACAUUUGACAACCAGUUUUGCUUGUACAUACUUGUUUGCUGAUGGAAAAAAAUGCCAAAGAACUUAAUUCACUGAGCUAGAGCAAUUAUUUUUCUUUGUACAUUUCUUAAAAUAAAUAACUGUAAAUGAUCUA